AUGGGCUUCCGUUCGCUCCUGAAGAGAGCAUUGACCGAAAAUGAUAACGACAAGUUCUACAAAGUCGAGAUUGGCCAGGUCUUCUUAGAUCGAUACAGAGUUGAAACACAUCUGGGUGCUGGCAGAUACGCUUCUGUUUGGUUGGUGAUAGACAACACGUCAGUCCUCCCUCUGGUUUCAAUUUCGUAUACUAAUGACCCGCAGANNAACGGCGAACAUGCUGCUCUCAAAAUCUUGAACAGCGACUUCUAUAAUGGCCACCAUCAGAUAUUUGAGCUAGAGGUCAUGCAGAAAGUGACCGCUUGCUCCAAUCAUUCAUCGCAUCCCGGUCGAAACCAUGUAACUUACCUGAAGAACCACUUCGAAGUUCAGGGACCCACAGGCAAACACGUUUGUAUGGUAAUGCCUCUACUAGGCGAUAGCAUCGCAGAAAAAGCCACUACCGGACAUGUCAUGCGUAUACCCCCACCAACCGUCAGAAAUAUUGCAAAGCAAAUGCUUGAAGCAUUUGACUUCCUACACAGCGAGUGUGGCGUUAUUCACACCGACCUCCAACCUUCCAACAUCCUUAAGGACGACCAAGGCCAGUCGCCACAAGAAAUCGAUGAUCUCGUGCGCACACACUCUUCAGGUCCGGGUUUCAAUGAUCCGAAUAUGCAGUUCCGCCUCAAUGACUUGGGUAUCGCUUGUUUCGUGGACCAACAUCUCACCGACGAUAUCCAAUCUGAGUAUCUGCGCGCGCCAGAGAUCACACUGGAAGCACCCUGGGAUCCCAGUGUCGAUAUUUUCAGUCUCGGCUGUCUGCUUUUCCAGUUCCUUACAGGAGAGUUGCCAUUUGUAGGACGACCCGGUCCAGGUGUGACCGCAGAACAAGAUCGUAUAGCUCUUCUGGUCUCUACUUUCGGACCUAUUCCAGACGUUGUCUUGGACAAUGCUGCACGAGGAAAAGAAUACGAGCAGCAAUGUAUCCACGGCCAUGGAUUCCCUGUUUCUUUGGAGACCUUGGUAGGACAGAGCUUCGCUGGUGAUGCUCAGAGUAUGAUGCCUAUAAAUGAGUUGGACCUGUUCUGCGAUUUCUUGAGGAAGAUGAUGGCUUCAGACCCAAGAGAGAGGCAAAGAGCAGGUGAAUUGAGUAAACACCCAUGGCUAUCUUACAGUCCUGAGUGA